CUGUGCCCUUAAACUGUGGAUGCCCGCCGUGCCCGCGUCCCCUGCCAGUGCAUCUCCAACAUUAUCUCACUUGGCUCCUGUUGUUCCUCGACAUCUUUCCUGCGACUUCAAGUCUACGACUGUGCACCACCGCACGUACCUAGGGGUACACUUGAUUUUCUUGCAACUUGCUUUCUGCUUGCGGAGCGAGACCUGGCUAUCUGCGCUGUGGGUGUGAAAAUUGCCGGUGUCGUCUCCUUCAAGUGACCCGCAACGCAGAGCGUCUGUUGUCCUUUUGCAUUUCGUUUCGGUUGCUGGAUGCUGCAGAAUGUCCGUCCAGAGAUUUGACCAGUGGGCAAGCAAACAUGUCGACGUUUGCCAGUUACAGCUUCUGAAAGACGCAGUCAUCGGCGUCGACGCAUCCUACUACCUCGACCUGCGACUCAACGGCAACAAUGAAGAGCCUCUCAAGCAUGCCCUCGGCGGCCUUCCCUUCUGCUAUAAGAAAGCCAUAGAAGAAGACAUCAAUGUUCUGCGGCAACACGGUGUCACCCUCGUCUUCGUCUUCAACGGCCUCGACUAUGUGAACAAAAGCCUUCCUGACUCGCAUUCUGCAGACAGCAAACGAGUACAGGAUGAAGCAUGGCACCACUAUCUGGGCGGGGAUAGCAAGCGGACUGUGGCAGAGUUUGGGAAGGCCAAAUACCCUAUUGAUGUGAUGACCAGAUCUUUUCAGAAGUUAUUGGUUGAGAAUAAGGUGGAAUACAUGGUUGCUCCAUACAGUGCGACAGCACAGUUGGCCUACCUCCUGAAGCUAGAAGACCAGUUCAUCGACGCCGUCAUGGGCACCACCGAGUGUUUCCUCUUUGGGGUGGACAGAGUGGUGACAGACUUCAACCUUCAAAAAGCAACUGUGAGCCUGGUUAACAGGGCAGUCUGCGAAGAUAUCUUGAAAGUCAACAGUGACACGCUUCGGGAUGCUCAGCUCUUGCUCGGCACCUCUUUCACACCUACCUUUCCAGUCCUGGAAGGCAUGAUUACGACCAACAAGACAGUUACUAUCAUCGAUGCUAUCACAUUACUCAACGGCGCUGGCAAAUCUGUUCUGCAGCUCUGCAAUUACCACCGCGAUCACCCUCAGGUCCAAGCUUUGAAGUACACUGACCGGUAUAAAAAGGCGACUAUGACUAUUCGACACCACGUCGUCAUGGAGAAGAACGGCGUAGUCGCUCCGCUGAAUUUCGAUGAAGCGCCGGGCGACGUCCACGAAUUUGUUGGCCAGAGACUCCCUGAGGAGUUGUUCUUCUACAUCUCCAAAGGCUUACUCGCGCCCACCAUCCCCAACUGGCUCACAUCUGGCGAGAUUGUGUUAUCCCUCCCUGGUGGAGUCCUAGAUUCGGAGCCCUACCGGAAGCUGGUGAUAGAACUACUCAACCCUUACCGGACGGAGUCACUCAAGAUUCUGGCCGAAUCUCUGCAUUAUUAUUACCAAUCCAGAAUCAUCAAAGUGUCGUCCUGGGUACCUCAGGACACGAGCAACUUGACAAUCGAACUGAGGAAUACACCAUCUUGGAAGGGAAAGCUGACACUAUGGAGGGUUCGCGGGGCCGACAUCGAGCCUAUUGUUUCCAACGCCGGGAACCACGGCCUCUUCCUCCCAUGCUUGCGGUGGCUGAAAGACUCUUCGAGCGCCGAGAAGACGAUCACCAAGGGAAAGCUGGAGUACCCAGCGCUGAGGACGCCUGACGAAGUUUACGUGAACACGAUCUAUCGGUUCUUGCACGUCCGUGGGUACAUCGACGACAAACACACCCUUACCACUUGGGGUAAAGCGCUAGAAUCAGCGUUGACCGUAUUUGACGACGAGAUCACGGUCGUGGGCGUCGAAAUGCUGAGAUUGGGGCUGUUCACCGGAAACUUUGCAACAGGAACACCCGUAGCAAGAACUGAUAAGGAUUAUGAUCGCAAGGUCUAUACGAAUCUCAUCUCGAAAACCGCCUGUCUGGGUAGACUCCGACACAAACCGAUGGGAUUCGUAGGCCCCCUCGAUCGACAGUUGUUGACGUUCGCGUGGAAAACCACCGCCGUCCGUAGUUCGCUACGGGAUCUCAUUGAAACUGUCAUGGCCAGCAUGUUCUUGAAUGGAGACGUGGAAAGGGAUCGCGAUGAUUGGUUGACCCUGGCUCAACGGCUACCUUUUGCCAGCGAUAACGGCUCUGGCCUGGGUAUCGCGGUCAAAACCUACUUGGAUGCAGUCAACGAGGAGCCCGAGAUCACCGAUGCUUUUAAGACGAGUGUCAAACAACAGGAAGGGAAGUACUCCUGGUUUGGGCAACUCAAGGGCGGAACUCUGACAAAGAGUCUUGACCAAGCGUGGAAGAUCUGGGAUACCAUCUACACCGCGAGCCAGACGCCUGGCGUAGAAAUCAAGGAAGCCAAACUGUUCACUGAAGCCAACGAAUGGCUGUCAUCCCGCCGAUGAGGAAUGUGGCAGCCAGAGAGGCGAGUCAGUGGAUGCCGCUAUUCCACGAAACUCUGCCAUUGCAGGUCAGAGGCCUAUCUCUCACCUCAUCCUCUGGCAGAGGCGUUAUACACAUCGGAGCUGUCCAUGUGCUGCAAGUAUGAUUACGGCAGUCUGAUAGUCUCCUGGACCGAAGCUCAGCGUCUCCGGACAACAAGGGUACCACGCGAACUGCACUGUAGAAGCGCCCAGCCCUGGUUUGAGAACCUUGGGGGAACUGAAACGUCCACCGUGCGAAGUCUCCUCAUUGAGGACUUCAAUUGGACGGUCCCCGUCAUGCAAACGGUCCAUGAGCAUGGGCAGCGGUAAAAAAGUCUCACAAUAUCUCGAACUGAGGCUCUAUAUGUGGGCCUCGAAAUCUGUCCGUGACUGCAUCGAUAAGAUCCUGAUGAGCCAGAUACAACGCCAAUCGAGGAAUAUAGCCAUGACAAAGGUGGUCGUGCUGCUAUGGCAGUCCUGAAGCUCUACAAUAAUAAUAUAGGCACCUAGUAGGAGAAUGAUAGUAAUGGCAACCCC